AUGCCCUCCGCCUCCCCCGCUUCGGUCAAGCGACCGUCCAUGCACGAGCGCUCCACGUCAGGCCAUUCGCUAUCAUCAUCAGGCAAACAACAGACACACAUCCCCAAAGUUCACAGACCGCAUAUCGUUGGAAGACAUUCUAGGAACGUGUCACAUGGAAAGAAUCUAAGCAAACUCAACAGGAAUGAAUCAGCCAGCAAUGUUCAAACUACUCGCAAUCAUCAAAGGAAGAAGUCAGGAGCAUCUACCCCAGGCCAGAGUCCUAAAUCUCCAGGGCUACCCAAGCGCAACAGCUCUCAUGUAGUGCUACCCAAAAACACGUCUCACGCCAAUCUACGGAAGAAUCACUCGGCCACCAUUCUGACCACGCGCAAUGGAUCGCACAUGAAUCUAAAGCGGCAAGGCUUGCCUCCGACCCCAAAGCCUAAGGACGAGACGCAGAAGACGGGCUUCUUCGAACUUGGAGACCAUUCCUCCGGCGAGGAGGAAGAGGGCGAGUGGGAAGACUCGACAACGCAGUCCCCUGAACUGACCCGAAACAAUUCCAAGGCAUCCACUCCGGCGCGAGUCGCGACCCCCGUUAGUGAGAGAACGUCUGAAAGAGUACAGCAGAGUCACACUGGAGCAGAAAGAGAUGUUCCAUUUCACACAGGUGUUCCCAAGUUGAGCGCCCGGUCCCUGCCUACUCUGCGGCCGGAACAGGUCGAUGCAGAUGAGCACGCCCCUCCCGAUCCCGAAUUCCUGCAAGCACGGCGUGGAUCGCGAGCUCCUCCGGCAAUGUCUACCAUAUCCGCCAUGGCUGGCCUGACACGAUCAGAAUCCAACAGAUCAUUCCAAGAGAUUAAACAUGCCGAAGCUGAGUCGAUGGAUGCAACACCUAACAUGUCCGUCCCCGAAGGCUCAGCAUCAGCCGAUAAGCCCGUGUCAAAGUUCCUCCGGCAGCCUUCGAACACAAGCGAUACAAAGUCGAUGAUGGAUGAUGCGUCGGACGAAGACUCGGCUAACUUUUUAAACAACUACAAACCGCAGCCCUCCGAGUCGCCUGAAAAGCCGAGACAUAUGCAUAAGGUGCGAUUCUCUAGUAUGCCGUCGCGCACCCAGCAGAAACUAGAACUAGAACGGCGAGAAAUGCUACGCACCGGCGGAGGACCGACCACUCCUCCGGCUUCGACAUUAGCCCUAGGCGGCGCUUCCACCCUUUCCCUGCAUAGCCGAUCAGGGUCUCGCGGGCGAAAUAGAUCAUAUGUGGACGAGUCAAAGGCGCUUAAAGUUAGUUACGAAACCGGCUUACGCCAGCUCGCUGUUGUUCGUCGAUUCCGAAAUCCACUUGCAGAAAGCUUUCGUCGCCUGAAGGAUAGUGAAAGCAUCCCGCCUGACACCGGCGUUAUCACACCCCGCGGCGCCCCUUCGACUAAGACUCGACCACAAAGUAGGCGAAGUGUGGUCACUCAGGGGGCGGCAAAUGGCACCGCCAAGUCCAAUGUCAGCCGCAGUCUGGAAGACAAUCAACCAUCGCCUUUGGCGUCGAGGUCAAGCGGCGGUGAAAGAAGCGGCAGAAUGAAUUUCCAGCGACAAGGCAGUCAUGAUGACAUCGGCGUUACACCAUUAGGAGGCAGCCUUGAUGGAGCGGACGAGGAUGAUGGGAUGUCGCCGGAAGAGGCUCUAAUGAGAAGACUUUGGAACAGUCGAGAAGUGUACGACACUAGUCCGGCAACGACAUGA